CACACACACACACAUUUGUCUUUUCUAUUGUAAAGCAAAUAUAAACUCAACACACUUUGUAGAAAAGUGUAGAAAAGCUCUUGCUGUAUGCACUGAUGUUACACAUGUAUAUAAACCAUCAGGAAUGUGUUUUGAAUUAUUGCAAAAUUACAGAAGAGAAAAGUGUAAAAAGUUUUUACACCCACCCCCUCACUUCACUCUGACUCUCUUGCUCGCUCGCUCGCUCACUCCCUCCCUUUCUCAGAGUAACCAUGUGCUUUUCGUGUCAGUAGACACAUUUCACCCUCUUCUCAGAAUAACCAAUGCACAGACAGCUGUCUCUCUCCCUCUCUUUCUUUAUCUUUCUGUUUCAUUGACUUUUCUCUCUCAGUCCUUUUUUUCUUUCUGCGGUUCUGUCUAUUCGUCCUCGGCAGCUUUUUAAUGAUCACUGGCGUUAGAAACACUCCUGCUGAAGAAUUUACUGUAUUUAACCGCAAGAGGACCGAAGCUUUCAGCAGUGCCAACUACGAGACAGGCAUCUCACGACAUCAACACAUCCAGCAACAAAGAAAGAAGAGGACGUUUCAAACAGUGUGACUAACUUUAAAAGUCUGAGGAUUAUUGUUAGAGAGAGCAGGUACUAAACGGCAGACUUGAAAGAGUUGGAUCAUGCCGGGCUGUCAGAUCUGGACCGGGUUUGUGCCCAUCUGUUUCGUGCUGCUCUUGGCAUCUGGUUCAGGACUUGCACGCUUGUUGGUGAAGAGGGGUCUUAACCAGAAGGACUAUGAGUACCCCAACCAUCCUCAGACCACUCAGCACCAGAAAAACGAUCGCUGUCCUCCACCACCCCAGAUGCUACCCGAACGGGCCUGUGAGGUUCCAGGCUGCCGAUCGGAUUCUGAGUGCGAGAGACACAAGCGGUGCUGUUACAACGGAUGCAUCUACGCCUGCCUGGAGUCAGUGCAGCCUCCACCUGUGCUGGACUGGUUGGUGCAGCCCAAGCCCCGGUGGUUGGGAGGGAAUGGCUGGCUGUUAGAUGGACCAGAGGAAGUUCUGCAGGCUGAGGCUUGCAGUACCACAGAAGAUGGAGAUGAACCUUUGCUUUGUCCCACUGGUUAUGAGUGUCACAUCAUCAGUCCAGGAAAGCCCUCUGCUGGGAUCCCAAACCGAGGCCAGUGCAUCAAACAGCGAGGAAACUCAGAUGGACGUAGCCUGAGACACAAGCACUUCAAAGAUUACAAGGAUUAUUUAGGAACUAACUCCCACAAUGCAGUGAGCUAUGAGAAACAACAAAAGCAUUUGGGCUGAAACCAAGGACCGAACAUGGAUUCUGUUUUACAAGACCAUUAACCCCUGACCCGUAUACCUGGACAUUACCACAGUGAAACUGGACAAGUCUUUUUCCUCAGUUUGAACCAGAAGUGGUACAAAUUUGGUGCUCGUGUUUUUUAGGUGCUUCAAAUGGAAUGACAGAAUUGCAAAGCUAAUACUACCUCUUGCAAAAGCCAAAACAUUACAGAAAGAGUCAAAGCCCUAAUAUAAGAUCUCUCUUAACUGUGCCCAAAUAAAGGGUUAAACACCUUAAAUACAGAACAACUACAGGUGCUGGUCAUAUAAUUAAAAUAUCAUCAAAAAUUUAUUUAUUUCACUAAUUCCAUUCAAAAAGUGAAACUUGUAUAUUGUAUUCAUUCAUUACACACAGACUGAUAUAUUUUAAAUGUUUAUUUCUUUUAAUUUUGAUGAUUAUAACUGACAACUAAGGAAAAUCCCAAAUUCAGUAUCUCUGAAAAUUUGAAUAUUACUUAAGACCAAUACAAAAAAAGGAUUUUUAGAAAUCUGGGCCAAAUCAAAAGAAUAAACAUGAAAUGUAUGAGCAUGUACAGCGCUCAGUACUUGUGCUUGACACAAGAAAUGCGACAGCUGAAAUCCAUGUCUUGCAUACGUCUGUGCGAAGUGGUUCUUGAAGCACUGACUCCAGCUGCAGUAAACUCUUUGUGAAUCUCCCCCACAUUUUUUUAAUGGGUUUUGUUUCACAAUCCUCUCCAGGGUGCGUUUAUCCCUAUUGCUUGUAAUUUUUUUUCUACCACAUCUUUUCCUUCCUUUCGCCUCUCUAUUAAUGUGGACACAGAACUCUGUGACCUUUUGUGUCUUGCCCUCCUUGUGCAAAAUGUCAAUGGUCGUCUUUUGGACAACUGUCAAGUCAGCAAUCUUCCCCAUGAUUGUGUAGCAUACAGAACUAGACUAAAAACACCUGCAAAGGCCUUUAAGUGGUCUCUAAGUUAGUUAGCUGAUUUUCUAAUUUUCUGAGAUACUGAUUUUGGGAUAUUCCUUAGUUGUCAGUUAUAAUCAAAAUUAAAAGACAAACAUUUGAAAUAUAUCAGUCUGUGUGUAAUGAAUGAAUAUAAUAUACAAGUUUCACCUUUUGAAUGAAAUUAGUGAAAUAAAUCAACUUUUUGAUGAUAUUAUAAUUAUAUGACCAGCACCUUUAUAUACAAAAUAAUUAAGGGUCUUUAAAAGGACAGAGUUUAAGUAUUUUUGGCAGAUUGAAAUUAAAAGUGGACCCAAACACAUGCCACAUUUAAAUGUAUGGAUAAUUUACAUUAUUAAAUCAAGGGGGUGACAGAUAGUCAAGAACUGCCAAAAUUGUAAAAAAUACACAUUUUAAAAAAUAUAAGGACAUCUGAAAACAAUUUACUAACAUUUGAGUGUCACUCUUUGGCAGAUGUUAUUGACAUCUAACUCAGUGAUAUUUGUGAAUUUAGUAAUGUUAAUAUUUGUAAGUAUACAGUACAAAUAAAUUUCAAGUAUGUACAAUGUCAGUAUAAAAAUAUGUACAGCUUUGCACCUAAAGAGUUUAUAUUAGCAUCUCAGAGGUAAAUAAUCGGUCCCAAUGGAUGCAUAUUAGUACCUCAAAGACACAUAUAAGGUACAUGUACUGUACCUAAUGGUGACCUUUUAAAGGGUACUGCCCCAGUGACAACUGGGGUACAUAUUUUGACAUAUUUUUUCCUAACAAUGUACAUAACAGACAAGUAGGGCCGUUCCUAUGAUCUGAACUGUUAGUCUGUUCUUUUAAGAGCUAUAAAACUUUUUUAAACCCAAAACCAGUUGCGGAUGGUGACUUUUUUUUCGAGGGCGCACGGUGCGAAGCUCGUCACAACAUGUAUUAAGCCUGUCAUGUGCAUCAUGAAUGAGUCUUGUCAAAAUAAGUGCCACAUCUAAAGGGUUUAUGAUAAAAGUGACUCUCCUUUGCCAGAUACUCUAGUUUAGUGUCUAUUUUGUGAUCGUGAGCGUUUUUUUUAACAUAAACCCUUUUGACGUGUUUGCAUCAGGCACGUAUUCACAUGACGCAACAAACACAUAUUUUGAAAUUACGAGCAACAUAGACACUCCGAACACAUAUUUUGAAUUCGCGCCCCUCGGAAGAGAAGUCACCAGCCAUCACGGACCAAAACCAAAGAUUAUUUUGUUUACCUCCUAGCUACCUAAAUACAGGGAUUAUAAUAAAAAUUUUGGAUUGUAAUAAUAUUCUGUUAUGUCAAUUGAAAAAUGUUAACUCUUCAGGUUGGAUAAAAAAUUUAGGGGCGGUUUCCCGGACAGGAUUUAUUAAUCCAGGACUAGGCCUUAGUUAUAUUAGGACAUUUUUACAAAAACAAUACUGGUGUGCAUCUUAAAACAACACAAUGGGGCUGAUAUAUAAGAUUAUGUCAGUACAAGGUGUUUUUAAAUUAGGAAAGCUCAAACAUGCAAGUGACUAGGAUAAGUGCUGCCCGGGAAACCACCCCAAAAAUGUUUUUCUAUUGUUGAACUCGAACCCUAAACCUUGUAACAAAACAACAGAUAUACUUCCACUACUGUGCUGUCCAUUACUGUGUAAUGUUUCAUAUGGUGCUCCAAUCAAUACACAUGUAAGCUGUUGACCAAAGUCAAUCAAUACAAAGCGAGUCUUACUCCACUUCUCUCUGAUAAGCUAUACGAGUUUGCUAGGUGCGAAAAAAACACAAUACUACUUUAAAUUCAAAGCUUAAACCAUUGAACCAAAUCCACUAUCCAAACUGCUGCUGACAUUUUUCUGUCGUGAAAAUCCAAAUAAAACUGUUGACAAAUGUA